AUGAAGUCAUUAUUAGGAAUGAAUAUUUUUGUUGUAAUAAUAAGUUUAAUUGUUUUAUUAAUUGGAAUUAUUUAUCAACCAUUACCAAAAGAUUUUCCUCAACCAUGGAAAUAUCGUUUUUUAUCAUAUUGGGCUCAUCGAAUUGAUCAAUUAGGAUAUUAUUGUGAACAAAUGAAUUUAUUUACUCGUAUUGAUUUAAUACGAAAUCUUCAUUAUUUAUCAAUUGGUUUAUUUCAAAAACGACAUCCUGAAUGUCAUUUAAAAGUUUAUGAUAGAAAAAUUGCAAAUGUUAGUGUACGAAUUUAUGAACCAGAAGAAUUAAUUAAUUAUGAGAAAAAAACAGUAAUGAUUUAUUUUCAUGGUGGUGGAUUUCUUUUAGGAUCAGUUGAAACAUAUGAUCAAGCAACGUAUCUAAUGGCUAAUUUAACACGUACAACACUUAUUGCAGUCGAAUAUCGUUUAGCACCAGAAUAUCGAUUUCCAAGUGGUUUAGAAGAUUGUUUAUCUGUUAGUCGAGAAUUAUUUAAAAAUGGAAAUAAUUAUAAAAUAAAUUCUAAUCGAAUUAUAUUAUCUGGUGAUUCAGCUGGAGGAAAUUUAGCUUUAGUUGUUAGUCAUUCAUUAAUCAAUGAUGGAUAUAGACCAUAUUUAUUAUCUUUAUUAUAUCCAUCAUUACAAUUUUUUGAUUUUACUUUACCAUCUUAUCGUUUAUAUUUAAAACGAAAUAUUCUUGGUGUUUUAAAUGAAAAUAAUCUUCUUUCAAUGGUAUCUUUAUUAAGUGAAGAUGAUAUUCAAAUAACAAAUGAUAUAUUAUUUAAUUCACAUGUAUCAAUUGAUGAUAAAAAAAAACUUUAUCCUUUUAUAGAUCCAAAUAAAUAUUUAUCUAUAUCAUAUGAAUUCAAUGAAAGUCAACAAAAAAAUGAAAAUUUAAUAAAAAAUUUAAAAUUUUUAUUAUCACCAUUAAUGUCUCCAUUACUUGUAUCUGAUCAACAAUUAAUUCAAUUACCAAAAAUUCUUCUUUUUACAACAGAAUUUGAUAUUCUUCGAGAUGAAGGUUUUAUAUUUGCAUCUCGAUUAAAUUCAUUAAAUAAAACAAUUUAUCAUCAUCAUUUUUCUAAUGCAUUUCAUGGUGCUCAUGUUUUUUUAUAUGGUCCAUUAAGAUUUGAAAUAGCUCAUCAAAUGAUCGAACAUACCGCCCAGAUAAUCAGAAAUCAUAUGUAA